AUGUCCUCACUUGACCCUGUCAUGGCGCAAUCGCCUCACCGUACAGCCUCAGUUCGAUCCUCUCCUUCGCAGUCUGCGCAUGCCUCCAGUCCUCCGCUGGCAUCUGUUGAGACUCUCGUGUCAUACCUAGUGGCCGCUAAGCGGUCCCUCGGCAGUAUCCAUCUCGUCCACCGAGCCACCACCAUCCUCACUGAAGCACGCGCCUCGAUCGAAGCUACCACUGCCCUCCUCGCGAAAGCCACAUACCUUCGUCGUUCCUUGGCAUCUCAAUUGAAGAUUCUACGUGGUGUCCAGCUGGAACUAGAGACCGCUGCCCAAGGCAUUCAGCAUGAAUUUCAGGCCGUGAUCAAAGAGUUGGACGAGACCGGUGCAAGGCUGAUACAAUCCAUAGAUCUCUUAAAGCAGACGAGAAUCGAAAAUGCCUUUAAACCCUCGACCGAGGGCGAGUUGGAUGAGGGCCAAGGUAAGGAGACCUUGCACGAUUUUGUGGAUGACAACGGUGUCGAAACAAUCAAACAAGCCAUGGAGAUUGCCAUAGACAAUGUACAACAUGCCCAAAAUGAGAUGGGGCAGUCUAUACAAACAUUGGAGGAUGACCUCCAAUCCAUUAACGAAGUCCUCAAUGGGCGAGGAGACCUUUCUAGCACAGACAGUGACCUACAGCAGCCGACCACAAUUGCCGGCACUCUCACAACAUUAGAGAACCACGCCCGAAUAAUGGCAGAGGAGCUAGAAAGUCUGGUCAAGCACUUUGAUCUCUGCGUUACGGCCAUCAAACACACUGAAGGAGGCGGCGAAGCGUUAUUCCAGACCAUGAAUACCGGCGAAGGAGUUGACCUUCCGGACACGGUUGGUCUAGGCAUGGACGACCUUCGCGCACCAGCACAACCCAUGAACGAAGAAGAACGCCUAGAGAUGCUACAGGUGCUCGAGAACGAUGCUCAGGAGGUUGACGAGGUAGUCAUGGAACUCCAAGAUCGCAGUGCCGAAAUGGAAGCCCACCUGGACAGGAUCCAUCAAUGGUGCGAACGGCAGGAAAAUGCCUACGCAGAUGUGGCUACGGCAUUCAAGCUCCUCGAAAAGAUCUCGGGGCGGUUAUCUGGGUAUGUGGCCGAGAUAGCGCGGCAAGCUCUGAAAUGGAAUGAAGAAAAGGCCAAGAUUGAAGACGGCAUCGGCGGGAUGGAGGAGUUGUGCGAGUACUACGCCAACUUCCUCCACGCUUAUGACGGCCUUAUAGUCGAGGUCGCCCGACGUAGGACCGUCAAGAAACAGAUGGAGAGAGUGGUGGCGGAGGCGCAUGCUCAAUUGGAGCAAAUGUACGACUCGGAUCAGCAGUUGAGGCUCGAGUUCAAGAACGACCUGGGCGAAUAUUUGCCGAGUGACAUCUGGAGUGGCGUCAACACGCUGCCGCCCAGAUAUUCCAUCUCAAGGAUCGACGAGGAAGAGGCUGGCAGUGUACCUGAGCUUCCGAGACGGACGGUGGAAGAGGCUUUGAGAAGGCUCAAGUCUGGCAGAGGUGGAGGGAUCGCACGAUGA